UGCGUAUGUGUUUUUCCCAUGCAGAAAAUGCUGGAUGAGGGUCUGAUAGCCCAUGCCUCAGGAGAUGCCAUGCGUACCUUUGUGUACGGCUUCUAUUUCUACAGGAUAGUGGCAGAGAAGGAUGGAGAGAGGGCCCCCUCCACCCAGCUUCCCCCCGCAGGUGCCGGUGUGUGGUCGACGGCGGUGCUGGAGGACUUCGCUCUCUUCCAGAGGAAGUGGUUCGAGGUGGCCUUCGUGCUGGAGGAGCGGCGCCCCUGCGACCUGCCCGCCUUCCUGUUGCCAUGGCUACCCAGCCGGCCGGCGUCGUACGCAAGUAGGCACAGUUCUUUCAGCCGCAGCUUCGGAGGACGCAGCCAGGCCGCCGCACUGCUAGCAGCUGCCACCGUGCCGGAGCAGAAGACGGUCACCUUGGACGUCGAUGUGAACAAUCGCAGCGAUCGCACCGAGUGGUGCAGCUGCUAUUACCAUGGCAACUUCUCCCUGAACGCUGCCUUCGAGAUCAAACUGCACUGGAUGGCUGUCACAGCGGCAGUCCUCUUCGAGAUGGUGCAGGGUUGGCACAGGAAGGCAGCGUCGUGUGGGUUCCUGUUGGUGCCCGUGCUGGAGGUGCCCUUCGCUCUGCCCUCCUACCUAUACGGAGACCCGCUCCGUGCCCAGCUCUUUAUCCCCCUCAACAUCCAGUGCCUGCUCAGAGAGGGAUCCGACAACCUGUUUGAAGGUGUGUGUGCGUACGUGCGUAUGUAUACAUCUGUGUGUGAGAUGGAUUUAGCAAGUUGUGUGUGUGUGUGUGUUUCCGUUUGUGUUUCCUUGCGCAACUGUAUGUGCUAAAGAGAUUGCUCUGACAACUUGUUUUAGG